AUGGAGCUUCUUCUUGUUGUGUUGUUUCUGAUGCUAUGUAGCAUUACAGCUGAAGGAAAUUCAGGUAGGAGCAUUUCAUAUUUACUCAUUCGGUUAAGUACAGAAAACAUGGUGGUGUGAGCCAAAAUGCUAGACAAAAAGAAUUUAGCGUUUUAAAUCAGUUUCAUGCUUACAAAAUAAAACGCCUUAAAACGGUUUAAUCCCAUGAGACAAAACGAUAUUUUUUAAGGGGCAAUAUGAGUUACCCUUUUUGGGCCUUUGGGCUUUGCUGUUGUUAAUCAGCAGUCAACCUCGUUCCCAGGUAGGAGAGAACCCAGGAAACGAGGUUGAUCAACGGUAUACUUACAACCUUAGUUGUUCCCAGAAAGGUGAGGCCCCCGUCUUAACACCUUAGAGUAUUUUUUUUGUACGCAAAAAAGGGGGAAUUCGAAUGCACAGAUGUUUGACCGGCAUCAAUUUAUCUGAAACUGAAAAUUCAUUCGGAUACAAAUUAGCAUGAUUUCACUUAUUGGAGAUACGCCAGCAAAGCGGUACGUUUUACAUGCAGCUUGCGAUUCCGUCACGCACCUGUUUAUAAAUGGCAAAAGGAAACCGGUACAAAAAUGUUUUGAAUUCUCCAUGAAUUCGGAAACAUUAUUGAGGGUGUGAACCUAUUGUAGCUAGCCCCAGUCGCCCCCAGACAAACUAUGAAGGUUAUACUGCUAAGGAACAAUCUAAUGUCUAAGAUGCUAAUGUACUAUUAAUUCGACUAGUAAGUACUAGACAAAGACAAUUAAAAAUUGUAGUGUGUAUUAAAAUUUUGCAGCAUGCGGUUCAGUGGUAAACAAUACUACCCUAACAAGCCCAGGAUAUCCAAACUCCUAUCCAAAAAACAUGGACUGUACCUGGACUUUGGAAAUUCCGACAGAAAAAAUUCUGAAUGUGACCUUCGAAUUACUUGACAUUGUACCAUCGUGGAAGUGUGGGUAGGCAAUUAAAAUGUUUUCUGAAACCAAUGACGUGGAAAAGGUCUGUUAAGUCCUCGAGCCAUAUCCAUCGUAAAUGAGUGCUAUAGAGCUCAACCUCUGCUAAUAGACAAAGGCCUCUCCUAAACGGACUUUCUUGAGACUUUUCAUAGUCCCAUUAGGAGGGGCGGGGGAGGGGGAGGGGCUGGGAGGUAAUAUAUCUUAAGCACAGUUCGAGUGUACUUUCGACAAUAGAUCUCUUUAGCUUAUAUAUUUUUUUGUCUUUUUAAGUAGUAAUAAUACUGCAAACUUCGUCUUAUUCACGUGCAUAUGUACCCAUACUUUAUGAAAAGAGAAAGAGGCAAAAGACUCUCUUUAAAGAGACUAUGUCACCUGCGAAUAGACCUUUUUACCGAUACGGUGGUCAUACAUAUUGAAUUAAUUGGAUUCAAGGAGUAUUAUGGGAUGCCCCUAAGGCAUAAGGACGAUCCAUUAUACUCGCAUCAAUAUUUACGCUCGCUUUCGGGCCAAUUUUUAAGUUUUUCUAGAAAAAGAUUGAAAUGGGAAAAAAAGAUCGUUGUGCCGUCUUUGGAUGUAAUAACGAAUGCCUUCUUCCCGAGAAAUAUACAUUGAACUUCUCUUUUUGCCGGGAAAGAGCGCGAAAAUACUGAGCGAGUGCCCCCUGAGCAUCCCAUAAUACUCCUUAAAUCUAAUAAAUUCAACAUGGCCGACGUAUCGGUAAAAAGGUGUACUGGGCUUAUUAAUACACGAACCACUCGUCAAGAGACGAGUAUUUUUAACUGAAUUUCCAUUUUUCCUUUUAAGCAGAUAUCCAGACUUAAUUGUCAUUCUGCUUCUCGUGUAACUUUUCUGCCAACAGUUUAUCAAAACAGUAGAGGUGACCCACUCUGCCUUGACUCUUAAACACCUUCUAUUCUCGCUUGAACAUAUUCCAGGAGUUUAUGGUCUUUCUAUUUUAUCAAGUCGUUGAUAAACUACCUUCACUCAGCAGUUUUCCGAGUGAAGGUAAUAAGAUCACUAGAUGGUACAUGUACAAGGAAAACCUGCUACAAGUGAAUGUUCAGAAAUAUCAAUCCAUGUUACUGGGUGCUGCAUCAAUCUGAGGCAGAUAAUAUAAACCUGCAUACAGAUGGCGUAAACAUAGAAAAAUUGAAAUCUUUUAAAUUGUUUGGUGUACUCCUGGACUCUGCACUUAAGUUUAGUGAGCACAUUAGCUCUGUUUGCAAAAAGGCUAGCCAACAAAUAAGAGUUUUAAGACGUCUAAGGAAACUUAUACCCACUUAUGCUAAAUUACAACUUUUCAAAGCUGCCAUAUGGCCUCACUUGACUUACUGCAGUACCAUUUGGCAUUUCUGCAGAGCCUCAAACAAACAUAAAGUUGAAAGAUUACAGGAGAGAGCCCUUAGACUAGUUUUCAACAAUGACUCAGUCUCAGUGAGGCUGGCUGAACUCCUCUCACUUGUCAACAGAAGGCUUCAGGAAAUUGCGAUUCUCAUGCAGUGUUUAUGGCAAAGAAGAAUAAACUUCCAAGUCAAAUACAGGAACUUUUCAUGCUCAAAGCAAACAGGGACAAGGGAUAUUCUUUAAAAAAUUCAGAUUUCAAUCUGCCUCGUUUUAAUACGAUUAAAUAUGGAAAGCAUUCACUAAGAUACUAUGGCUCUUUUCGUUAGUCGAAACGUACAAAGGAAUUACGUGCCGAGGAUAGUCUGCGUAGAUUUAAGACUAAAAUUAGGAGAACCGACCUGACUGCCUUAAUCGAGGUUGGCCGUAGAAACUGCUUGCUUUGUAAUAAUUAACUUUAAGACCCUAUGUUACAAAGCAAAAUUUUUAUCCUGUUAUCAUGUACAUACAUUUUUUCACGUGUUAGAUUUUUAACCUCCCUAGUUUUUACUAUUUGCAUUUCUAUCUUAACAUUUUUUUAACACUAUUUUAGUAUUAAAUUUUUGUUUAUUUAUUUAUUCUAUCUUUAUUUUUGUCUCGCCAAUUAGUGCUAUGCGCUAGAGAUUCUUGACACGUUAAUAAAGUUCACUACUACUACUAUUGACAAUUUUGUGUAUUAAUUCGGCAAGACAAAGCCUAACAAGAAGGAUCAUCCCUUACUUUUUCAUGGAAAAAUAAUUGUUGACCAAAGCGAUGGGCGUAAAUAAUCUAACAGAGGAGUAGUUAGAAACUGCUGCAUUAGAAGCGAAGAGGCUUACUUGCCUGCAAUGUAUACAACAUAAAACUGCAAUAAUAUUUAUUUACAAAGCUAUCUAAAACAAGACCAGUUACGGAAUUGUGUGGGCAAAAUGCAAGAACAAAACAAAUAUAAUAUGUCAUCUUGCGCAGUUUAUCGAAGCACGGUUGUUACCGAAAAAUCCGAUUUCUUUGUUUGUAGAAGAACAACGUCUUUACUGUUUCAUCGUCAGUGUCAAAGAAAAGGCUUCGUUAUUACUUGGAAGAUAGAUAAACAGCCCUGGAUUUUUUAUUUUCUUGUAGGAAGGACUAUUUGAGCAUUUACCAUCAAAGCAACGUUCUGAUUGGCAAAUAUUGCGGUCAUUUGAUGUAUAAUUUGGCAGUGAUGGCUGCCGGGAAUUACACAGUCAUUAAUUUCCACUCGCAAAACUUUAACAAAGGAAAGAGUGGAUUCAGAUUGCAUUUCAGUGAGUUACCUCGAAAUGGUAAGUGCAGUCAAUGGACAACAUCGUAAUAUAACAAUUUCUUUGGGACAUAAUAGAGAGGAGAAGUGUGACGUCACGUUACCAUGGUAGCACAAAACCAACGACGACGGCGACGGCAAGAAUAACGGCAAAAAUAUUGUGUUUAUAUUAACAAACAACAACUUUGCACGUGUAUCACGCUAUUUUGUACAUUUCUUUUCCGUCGUUGCACCACUACGACAUGAAACUUCUUAAUUUCACGAGCCUGCUUGGGGUAGGUGAACAUAACACAGAAAUUGUCGCUUUCUUUUUCUAAACUUGGAUAACAAUAGAUUCAGUCCUAAAGAAAAUUUCGCCAAGAUUUGCCGAAUUAAAUGAAACUGAAAGAGAUCGGUAAAGUUUGAAAUAGUGCGAGUAGACUUUUAAGUGACUUUAUCGGUUUGUUGUCAUCCAAAAUUUUGCUACCAUGGCAACGUGACGAAACGACUUCUCCUCUCUAUUCUCAAAAUGAAGAGUUCCUGAGGUCUUGAUAAGUGAAAUUUCUCUCCUAAUGGAAGUAGGGGGGGCUCCGCCCGAAGGGGGUAUCUUUUUCAGGCUUCAGGUAUAUGAAAGGGUAAGGAUUGCACUAGUUGAAGUAUUUAAAAGGGUAGGGAAAUCUGUCAUUUGGGUCCGUGAAAGGGCUCAGAAGGGCUAACAGAUGAAUUUUAUGGCUUUAUAAAGUCGAAAAAACGUUCUGCCAGUGAUUGAUUCCUAUUUGAAAGACAGUGCAUUUAAAGCAGUAGUUAAAAGGGAUGCAAAGUUACAAGGUAUGUGAAAGAGGUACCAUUUGUCAAAAGAAGGUAUACGGAAGGAGUACUUUUUCGCGAAAAAUGGUAUAUAAAAGGAAGGUAUUCCCAUGGCAACUACUUUCUCUAUGAGUGCUACUUUGAAAACAAAUUUGGCGGUCUAUGACUUCACCAGUGGCUCACUGCAUAGCUUCAUCCAAAUAAGGGACGACGUCUGACAUUACCAGACUUCAUAGUAAGUUAAAUCAUAAUGGAUUAACCAGAAGGAAACCAGAGUAGAACAAAAUAGCAAGAAAGCUAUGGGUAUGAAGUGUGACAUAGUGAUACAGUGGUACAUGUCACGCCAAUGUUUAAUAGGUACCAGUCCAAAAGAUAAGUCAGACAAUGACAAAAAGUUCAGUUAAACGUAACGUAAUAAGUUUUAUUUGAGACGCUUGUAACAAUAAUGUAAAUUUCAUACUUAAAGUAUUAGAUAUAAAUCAUCUGUGCUUUUAAAAGAAUAAAUAGCUAUAAUUAUUUCGUCUAUUUCAAGUAACACUGGGGCAAAUAAUAGCGCUAAAACGAAACAGCGACGUUUAGUAAGUUUUUUAAAAGGUCUCUGAAAGGUCGGACGGUUCUUUCGUACAUAGGAAUAAAUAUAGCCCUCAAAGCUACAAAUUUGAUAAACAAGUAAAAAAAAAGAUGGCACUCCCGGUAACCUUAUGGGAAGAGAGGGAAAAGAGAGAGAGGGAAAAAUGAAGUAGCAAGUCAAUCCAAAAUGGAGGCCAGGAGAGGCGUGGGGUCACUAGGCAUGCGGGAUUCUGAAACCUUUAACCGGAAGUUCAAAAACGUUUGCUGAAACUGGCACCUUCCCUCUUCGACUUUAACGAAAAAAAAAAAAACAAUUCAAGUUUAUUUUGAAUUUUUUUUUGGUUAAAGUUGUUGUUGAUUGUUUUGUCUUGCACUUUUUUUCUUGCAAAAAUAAAGGUUGCUAUAUUUGUAAUAACAUAUGAGCAAAUUAUCAAAAAUGUACUCACUUACAAAUAGAAGAGAAAUAAACGUACACUUUUAAAUUAUCUUUUCAUUUCUUUGGCAGAGCUAUGCGGUUCAGCGAUGGAUAAUACACUGAGAUCCCCUGUAUAUGUACAAAGUUAUCCACCAAAUAUGAACUGCGUCUAUAAUAUUUCACUUCCACAUGGGAAGGUGCAAAAGCUUGUAUUUCAGAUAUUUGACCUGGCAAUUGAUCCAGAAUGCAGGUGAGAGUACUAUUACCACACGUUUAGUUUUCAGGUGUAGCUCUUUGGCGACAGAGUACUUAACUUGAGACUUUAGUCUGCAGUCUUCUCUUUUGGGAGAAUCUUCAAUUCAAUCCUAGAGUUCUCAAAUGAAGCUUCUUUUUUGUCAUUUAAGUAUCCCAUUUAGGUAUGCCAUACAAAAGACUUUUUGAUCGAGUCGAUAUGACUUUUUAAGUCCAUUAUACGAAAGAUAAUAAUUUUCCCAAGCUUCGGAUUGAUCUCAUCAACAGAGUAGCUUUUUUAUACAUUUCAUUGGUAUGCGAAGCAUUAUGCACAUUGCCGAAGUUUAAGGGUAACAUGAACAUCAUUAUUCCUGUGUUUAAGGUUAAUAAAUGCAUAAAUUUGACCAUCUUCGGCAUAGAAGAUGUUUGUCUGUAUAUACGAACGAAUGAAUCAAUAAAUCAAUCAAUGAAAUAAAGAAAGAAAAAAGACGGGGAAUGUAAUGAUCAUUUGCGAAAACGUAAACUAUUUUUGGUGUCAGGAAAGGUGGCUUAUGAUGCCAAUCGUUCCCCUGAAAGCGCUAAGUUCAGGAAUUUAACAGUCGUCGUUUUUUAAGUGGAAAAACCACCGACAGUAUUCUGAACAGAAGCCUUAAUUUGGAUUAGCAUUUUUAAAAAAGCAUAUAAAAGGAAUUUGUUUAUUGUCAACCCGUAAAUGUUGAACAUUUCCUUUGCAGAUUCGACUACGUGAACAUAUCAGAUGGUAAUAAUUUUAUUGGACGAUACUGCGGUAACUUAACUGGAGAAGUUAUGUUUGUUUCACGGGACUAUCUGGUAUUGACAUUUCACUCAGAUGAGAUAUUUGAUCCUGACAAAAGAGGGUUUGAAAUAUUUUUUACGGGAGAUGUUUACACGCCUGGUAAGUGAAUACAAAAAUCAACUAUAUGACAUCUAUAAUAUAUCAAUAAGGUUGUGAGAACUAAUAUAAACAAAAAAGGGAAAAUUCGGCUUUGAUCUUUUAUCACAAAUGAAAAGGAACGGAGUUCAGAGUGCACAAUGUGUUCGCGGAGUUUCCCUGAAUAUUUCUUGUCUGCAAGUAUAAUGGUCAAGGAAACGACUGAAAAGGUUCAGUUUUAUUUUGAGAUUGAUCACGAAAAAAAGACCGGCUACGUGUUGAAUUGCCUGAGGAAACAGACGACAUUUCAUUAUUCACCACUGGUUUUCCAGCUAAAUGACGUCUGCAGAAAUUCGACACAUUUUACCUGUCACUACCCAUAUCUGGGUAGUGCUUUAUGAUAGGUUGUCACAAACAAAAUUUGCCUCAGCCAAUGAGAAGCACUACCCAGUUCUGCUAAGUGACCCGUCACCAGUAUAGUGGAAUUUCUACAGUCGGUCCUCAGACGUCAUUUCGCAGGAUCGAAACCAUUGGUGUGGUAAGUCGACCGUUUUCUCAGGCUACCUAUUGAAUUAGUACUUUGACGGUAUAUUUCAGCGCCUUGUCCGGUAGGCUGGACACUCAGCCUUUAUGGUUCUUGCUACAAAAUAUCUUCCAACGAACUGAAGAGGUACAAAGCACAGUCCGCCUGUAAAGACCUAGGAUCAAGCCUCGCUAUACUGGACUCGUUGGCUAAAAUACAAGAGCUCAUCAAAAGAACAAACAGCCAGACGUGGAUUGGCUUAAAGCGUGAUCUCGAGGACAAUUCAAGCUGGCAAUGGGUUGACGGGUCUCGCGCUUUAUAUAGCUACUGGUGGAGUGGAGAGCCAAACAAUUACAAUAGUAAAGAAGAUUGUGUAGUAAUGAACCCUCACGUAGGAAAAUGGAAUGACCAAACGUGUUGGAUUUCUCAUUCUUACGUUUGUGAAGCCAACGGUAACACAAUUUUUUAAAGCUCAUACGAUAAUAGCGUAAAAAGCCCGAGCAAAACAGUACUGUAAAUUUGAUACCUACAGCAACAACAAUGAUAAUUUUGAUCGCUUAACCCAACUCAGUUACCUUGACGUGUAAGUCAACUAUGAAGUUACUAUGGCAACCGUUUUGACGGCCAUGUUAUUAAAAUUUGCAUUUUUCUUACAAAAAAUGUUCCUUUUCUAUUUUAACUAAUUGAAUUAUAAUGUUACACCUGACUAUUAGUUUAGCAAAUUUAUGUAACUGUUAAUGUAAUAGAGGCCUCUUAGAGACAACUUUCAGAAGCAAAAUAGCAGACGCUGGGUUAAGUUUUUAACAGUAUUCAUUUCCGCAGCUAGAAAACGAAGAAAAAUUUUACAGUUGCACAUUACACCAAGGAUGACCCCAAACCGGUAGUAAAACGUUCUCGAUUCGUCAUGAAAUAGGAAAAACCUACCUCGGGUGUGAACCUAGCCUAGACAAACUAUAAGAGAACUGAAAGAGAUAAUCUAAUAAUUAAGAUGCUGAUGUUUUAAUUCAACUACUGAUUAUUACUAAGAAAGGCAAUAUGAUUAAAAAUUGUGCAUCGAAUUUUGCAGCAUGCGGUUCAGUGGUAAACAGUACUAUACUUUCAAGCGUAGGAUAUCCAAACUACUAUCCAGAAAACAUGGACUGUACUUGGACUUGGGAAAUUCCAAAAGGAAAAAUUUUGAAAGUGAACUUUGUACUACUCGACAUAGAACCUUGGUGGGAUUGUUGGUAGGCGAUUUAAACGUUUUCUGAAAAUUAUGAAGUAGAGUUGGGUCCUCGAGUCACAUCCACCUGAAAUCAGUGCUAUAGAGCUGAACUUCUGCCAACGGGCCCUUCCCCUUAGCGGGCAUUUUUCAAAGUCCCAUUGGGGUGAAGCGCGCAGUUCUUUUGUCCAUUUCACAAUGACACAGUUCUAAGGCUUGGAUCUUUUGUUUUCUCAAUGUAGAUCACGUAAUAAUACUCCAGAGAAAUGUUUUCUUUAAAUUUUGUCUUAUUUACCUGCAUAUGUACGCAAAAUUUAUGAAAUGAUUUUUAAUUUAUUAAAGAAUCCAUAAUUUAUUUAUAAUGUAUUUAUAAUAUAUGACGUCUUCCUGAGACCUUUAAUUCGAAAACAAAACUGGUAAAUAGUUAAAUAGGUAAGGAGAAAAAGACACCUGCGAACUGGGGUUAUUAAUUAAGAACAUCCUCGUUCCCAGGGUCCUCUCCUACUCGGCCCCUGUGGAGGAGAGGACCCUGGGAACGAGGUUGAAUUAAGAACACACCAGUCUGCCAGGAGGCGCGUGAAUUUUCAUUUGUAUUUACCUUUAAGCAAAUAUUCAGGCACGCUUUUUAUUCUGCCUCUAUUGAAACUUUUCCUUCUGAUAGUUUAGCUAAAACACUUCGCUGAAAACAACUUCUAUUCUAGCUUGAACAUUGUCUAGGUUUCAUUGUCAUAACCAAUUAAUCAUAAUGUAUUGAUUCUUUUUGUAGAAGAACCAAACGUUUUUACUGUUUUAAUGUACACACUAUAAAACUUCUUCGUCAGUAUUAAAGGAAAGGCUCCUAUAUUAUUUGGAAGAUAAACAGGCCUGGACAUUUACUUUUCUUGUAGGAGGGACUAUUUGAGCAUUUUCCAUCAACACAACGUUCUGAUUGGCAGAUACUGCGAUAAUUUGAAGAACAAUUUGGCAGUGAUGGUUGCCGCGGAUUACACAGUGAUUAAAUUCCACUCGAAAAACUUUAAGAGAGAAAAGCGUGGAUUCAGAUUGCAGUUCAGUGAAAUACCUCGAAGUGGUAAGUGCAGAAGGGAACCAAGCGUAAUUCAAUUGUAUGGGAAAUAAUCCUCAGUUUUUAAUCUAUACUGCGCGCAAGCAGAAGCCCUUCGAUUUUACUGGAUAAGCAAAGUCUGGACGCCAUCUAAACUGAUGGCUAUUAUAUAAAAUGAAGUAUUAGAUCCCCAUCGGCGAUAUUUUACACUCCACGUAUGUCGUUUUGUAGAGAUCCUAGCCUUCGUGGCAGGCGUUUGAAAGGAAGGGAAAGGGCGUUUUAGGCGCGAGAGAAACGCGAGGGGAAGCGCGAGAAGGGAGGGAAGGAAACGCCUGCCAGGAGACCAUCGUUUUUCUCGUUUUUAAUAUCCACCAGGCGAAUGUUAAAAUCCUGAUUGGCUAGUCUUCAAAACAAGUCAAUCACAGCCUUAAUAUCUUUACCUGAUUGGUUGAAAUCAACAUCACGCUACGGAGUAACUUAAUCGAUCUUUCAGUAAUCAUUAUAUGUUGUUAGUGAGGCGUGAUGAGAUUUCUGUACGGAAUUCAUCGUUAGAAUUAGAAACUGGAGGCAUCAAUUUCAGCUUCAAAGGAGAAUAGAAGAAAGCAGUUAAAAGUACCGUUUAAAGGUACCCAAUGGCUUGUUUUACUCACUAGACGAAAGAGAGGAAAAAUCAAACGCCUACCGCUCAGGCUACGCUUUAUUAACGACCAGCUUAUUGAAGACGAAGCGAUCUAUAAUCCUUAACGGUCUUUGGUUUGAGGACUUGUUCUUGCUGGUUAUAGAUGUUAUAAAGCCGCCAGGAACUUACUUAAAUAAUUGAUUGCAGCUUUCUUGUGGAUCUUCAAAGUUCAGCAAUUCUUUCCCCGCUGCCAUCGUUCUUUUGUAUGCUCUCCUGGAUUCAAUUCGAAAGUCAGCAAAGUGUUUUUAAUUUUUCUUGGACAAACAUUGCAUGCAAGUUGCGAGGUCCACCACGAUUCCUUCAGCAAACGACGUAAUAGAUUUGCGCUGGAUUUUAUGUGACAAGCCACGCAUCGUUGCAACUUUCUUCUUUCCACCGAGGACCGCAUUUGAACUUUUUUUUAUUGUACCUUCACUUCAGAUUUCUUGUUUUAGGAAAACAAAAGCGAGAAAAACAGUACGACUAAAAAUAAGUGUAUCGCAGCCAGACUUAUUUGACAGCUAGUCAUUCACAGUUUGCGUUAUUUUUGCAUACAUAAUUAGUAGGCGGGAUGGCGAGAACAAUGGUUUCCUGGCAGGCGUUUUCCUCGUUCCCUCCCUCCUUGCGGGCCCCUCGCGUUUCCCUCACGCCCGAAACCCCCCUUCCUUUCCUUUUCAAAAGCCUGCCACGCAAGUUAUAGAGAUCGUCGCAGCUGCUUUCUGUUAAAAGUUUACGCAAGUUGCAAAAUGUCAAAACACGUCGAAAUCCUAACAAAAUGUCUUCCCCAACUUACCCUAAAAAACACCCACACUACGAUGGGUGUAUGGAUUUGUUCUAAGUUCGAGGGCUAAAACUGUUGCCAUACUUUGAGCCAGUAGAGUGUAUUCUGCAUGACAGACGUUAGGUAACGACUGACACACAGGCCGCAACGGAGUUAGUUGUGAACUUGAUUGCAGUUAAAUUUUACAGUUGAUACUGAGCGCGAACCGCCUCUGCUUACUGAAGAAUCGAGUAUGAAUCUGACCUAUGAAAACGUCAUGCGCUCGUGUUACAAAUCUGGGAAAAUAUCAUCCAGUGCUUGGUGGGAAGGAACGUCGCCCAAAGGACAACGUAUUUAAAAAGCGAAGCCUCCGAGGGAGGCAAGAAUUGCCGAGAAGAAAAACUUAGUUGGUUUUAUUCGUCCACAGUCAUUAGCUUCAGCGGUAUUCCGGAACACUGGAUAAUAUUUUACCAGGUCCAAAUGGCGGUUUACUCGAUUUAACAGUAUAAGUAAACGGCGAUGCGCGCUAAAAACUGUAAAAUUUCACUUCAAUCAACAGGUCACAAAUCAAAUUAUUCAAUCAAAGGUCACAAAUAACUCCUCUGCACUCUGUGGCAGAAACAAUAAUAAUCCAAACGUAACUACGGCCAUGCAAAAGACGUUUCGAUGAUCUCUGACUUUCUUCAACAGAUCUAUGCGGUUCAGCGAUGAAUAAUAUUGUGAGAUCCCCUAUAUACGUACAAAGUUAUCCACCAAAUAUGCACUGCGUCUACAAUAUAUCAGUUCCACAUGGCAAACUGCAAAAGCUUGUAUUUCAAGUAUUUGAUCUGGCAAUUGAUCCAGAAUGCAGGUUAGAACCUAUUUUCCAUACAAUCUGUUGGUGAACGUUGUAUUAUUGAACUGAUAACGAGAGAAACUAUUUUUUUUUUACAAUUUUCAUUGCUGUGAGCACUAAAUGACGAAUUAUUAUCAAUGAUGACACUUGAUUUUCUAGCUAUCAUUUUAAUGUCCAUUUGGUUGGUGGUUGCCUUAUAAAUCUCAAGGUGAAGUGUAGCGGUUACUCGUGAGCCUAUCGUUAUAGUGUUCCAUGAAAAAAGUAUGCUCCGGUAACCAACACACUGCCGAAAAGUAUCGAUAACAUCAUCACUCGGGUGGUUAGGGUUUCUAGAAACAAAAUUUGACGCUUGUCAGCAUAUAGCAUGCAGUUAAGGUUUUGAUGAUCACAUCUUGAAAGAGGUGCAAUAUAAAAAACAAAAAGUAAAGAUCCAAGAGUGGAUACUUGUACGACACCAGACUCAAUACAUUCGGACAAAGGUGUGCGGCUUAAUGUUUAUUUACACUGUAAAGGAGCAGAUAGAAUGAAUUUGUUUAAUGUAGACUCGUGAAAUAUUGAUUGUUUUCUUUGCAGGUUUAACUACUUGAACAUUUCAGAUGGUAAUCAUCUCAUCGGCCAUUACUGUGGUAAUUUAACGGGAAAAGUUAUUUUUGUUUCACGAGACUAUCUGGUGUUAACAUUUCAUUCAAACGAGAGCUUUGACCCUAACAAAAAAGGAUUUGAGAUAUUCUUUACGGACGAUGUAAAUAUGCCUGGUAAGUGAAUAUAACAAUCUUCUAUCAAUAAUACUAUGCCAAUUUAUAUUAGAGUCCAGACACAUCACGGGAAACUUAUUUACAGUGUUUCUCCAACAUGGCGAGCGGUUUUGAAAAUUUAUAAACACGGUUAUUUCGGUUAACAACUAAAAAAGGCGUGAAAUCGAGACCAAGAUGCCUAAACAUCAGUACUCGCCCAGGGCUCGUUUUCCCCUCUUUUGCUUUUACUACAUUUUGACGUCAUCAGCGAUUUAUUAAUGAACAGACGCACGACAUUCUGUAAUAUAUAUGUUAAGGAGAAAAGGUUAGGAGAAUUAAUAUAAUCACCAAAGGGAGAAUUGGGCUUUAACCUUUUGUCAAAUGAAAAUGAACCGAGGUGACAGAAUGACAAAUUGCCUUUUCGGGGGACUAUAAUAGUCAACGAAAAGCUUCAGUGUUAUUUUAAGAUUGCGCUCUAAAAAAGUGACGGCUACGUAUGGAAAUACCUGCGAAAACAGCCGACAUUUUGCGACCUCACAGGUCUUCCUGCGAAAUAACGUGUAAAGAACUACUGCAGAAAUUUCAUACUAACUCCAUCACAAGAUCUACAAUCCUGGUCAAAAUCUUUGGGAUACUUUGUGUUUCAGGUCCCCCCCCUGAACAGUGUUGGGUGUUACGAGUCAAACACUUUUUACAUAUUUUGCAUACGCUAAGGACCUCAACUUUGUUCAGGGGGGGGAGGUGGAAAAAAAUCUUGUUUGUGUUUAUGAGUGUGUGUCGCAGCUUAGCUGUAAAUUCCAUAGAAAAACACGUGAAAAAAGGUGUCCCAAAACCUUUUGGCCAGGAUUGCAGGUAGUGCCUCUGAUUGGUUUUAAUUAGUAACAUUUCGCAGCACAACUAGACUCACGUGUGCGCUCUACCUACGGCUGUGACUCAAAAUAAAAAUAAGAGACUGCUCGUAGUCUAAGGCACAACUAAUUAGAAGCACUCCAAGACCUGGGUACACGUAUGAAAUUUCGGCUGUCAUCCAUUAGACGUCAUCUUACGGAGAAACCAUUGCUGGAGUCGCGAAAUGUUGGCUGUUUUCUCAGGCUUCCUAUUGAAUAAGCUUUACUUCGACUAUAUGUUUCAGCACCUUGUCCAGUAGGAUGGACAAACCUUUAUGGUUCUUGCUACAAAGUAUCUUCCAACGAACUGGACUGGAACUCAGCAAAGGCAGCCUGCGAGGAACUGGGAUCAAGUCUUGUUACUCUGAAAUCACUGGCUAAAAUACAAGAGCUCAUUAAAAGAACAAUUGGGCAGACGUGGAUUGGUUUACAGAGGGAUCUCACGGACAGUUCACGCUGGCAAUGGGUUGAUGGGUCUGCUGCAUUUUAUAGUCACUGGCUGAGUGGAGAGCCAAACAAUUACGGAAAUGGUCUCGAAGAUUGUGUAGUAAUGAACCCUCACAUAGGAACAUGGAAUGACCAAGGGUGUUCGAAAUCUCAUUAUUACGUUUGUGAAAUCAACGGUAACACAACUUUCUAUGAUAAUAAGUAAGCCCACGAGUAAAAAGUCAAGUAAAUUGUAAGUUUGAUAUGUAAACAGUACUGUCAAUGAUUGUGCGGUUUACCUAACAUCCUAAUGAAUCUGGACAUUUCCCGAACGUCAUAAAAGUAGACUUUUUGUAGAAUAAUAAAACAAAAAUCAGAUUUUGUUCCAGCGACAAUAAUAAUAGCAGUCAUCAACAACUUUUGAUUCCCUCUGGUUACAGCUUAUGAUAAUGUUCGUUCAUUUCAGAAAUAUUGGACACCUUUAGAUUCUAGAGCGAGACGACUACGACCAUGAGAUUUCAUUUAAAGUUUUUUUUUCACGUAUUCCCAAAUAGUAGACACCGCGGAUAACUUCACUCUACAUCAUUUUCACCGAACAAAUUAACGCUGUUAUCUAUAUUGAAUGAAAUUAGGUUCCUAGCUGCAAAAUAAUAAAACCUAUAACACUUUAUAACUCACUUGCGUCCGCUAACACGCUAACUCGUAGUAGAAUGACGACGACUGUCACAUUUCCCGCCAAAAUGAUGCUGGUUCACACGCGCGCACUACUGAGUAUUGAGGAAAUCUGGUACUCGUAGUCGUACUCGUACGUCUUAGAAUCUAAAGGUCUCUACUUGUCUUUCGCAGGUUGCCCCCAGGACUGGAUUCAAAUCCUCGGCUCCUGCUACAGAGCCUCUUCUUACGCACUGGAUUGGUUCGCGGCAGGAUCGGCCUGUAAGGCAGUUGAAUCUAGUCUUCCUAUGGUGACUUCACGUGCUGAACAAGAUGCCCUUGGCUCAUUUCUAACACAAAGGCGCAUGGACUGGUUUGCACAGGAAUCCCAGUCACAAUUUAAGUGGGGUUGGUUUGGUCAGUGGUUCACAAGCUAG